UGAGCUCUGGUGCCGCCUGGGGGAGUUCUGCUCGUGCUCCUCUGAAGAUUCCCCUGCACCCACAAAACCAGGCAGAUGCUUCUCCACCGUGAGCUCCCUUUCCCAGGGCCCCUGUGACCUGGCCAAUUCAGACUCAGGAUGCCAGGGCUGGGGCCGAGGGCCUCUGGUUCUGCCUGGGGACCGGCCAGGAGGACCUGUUCUCUGAGCAGCCCAGCACAGAGCUCAGCACAGCUUGCUUCUCCUCAGGUUCCCGCUGAGAUCCGCCCAUGUUCAGGCUCUGAGGGGCACCUGAGGGGAGAGAGGAGAUCAGUCCCGAGGGCCCUGGAAGGAGACAAGUGUGGACAGGAAAGUGUCCCAACACGCAGGGGACAACCCAGCAGUCUGUGAAUGGAUGGAGGUGGAGAAGCCCUGGACACCCAGGGAAAUGGCUCCUACCUGGAGGCCCAGAAAGGCCAGUUCCUGAGGCUCCUCCGUGCUGCUGACAGCCGGCCCCCGGCCCCGAAGACCUGGGACCUGGAGGGCAGAGUCCUUGCUUAGUCCCAAACCUCAGGACGAAGACCUCUAAGGCUGGAGCUGCCCGGGGUGAAGCCUGGGGACGCGGGGCGCUACACCUGCCGGGCAGAGAACAGGCUGGGCUCCCAGCACAGCACCCUGGAGCUCUCAGUGCAGUAUCCUCCAGAGGACCUGAGAGUGACGGUUUCCCAAGCAAACAGGACAGUCCUGGAAAUCCUCGGGAACGGCUCAUCCCUGCCCGUCCUGGAGGGCCAGAGCCUGCGCCUGGUGUGUGUCACCCACAGCAGCCCCCCAGCCAGGCUGAGCUGGGCCCGGGGGACACAGCCCCUGAGCCCCUCCUGGCCCUCAGCCCCUGGGGUCCUGGAGCUGCCCCGGGUGCAGAUGGAGCAUGAAGGGCAAGUCAGCUGCCAUGCGGAGAACCCGCUGGGCACCUGGAGUGUCUCUCUCAGCCUCUCUGUGCACUGUGAGUGCAAGGGAAUGGGGGACUGGAAGAUCCUGCACUGGUGGUUCAGGGAGGGGCUGUUGGGCCAGCCCUGGGCCACCAGCUCCCUGAGCCUCUUCCUGGGGCUGAGCUCUGGCCUCAGGCUCAGCGGGAGGCCUAGACUGUCUAUGGGGCCCAGAGUCCCACUGUUCUGUGGCUGCCAGCUCAGGACAUAAUGGCAGGGGCUUAGGGAGGAGGGAGGCGGACCUGAGGAGAUGAAGCCCAGGGCCAGGGGAGAUGCCCUGGGGCAGGAUGGGAAGUGGGAGGCCCGGGGACAGGGCCCUGUUCUCUGCUGGAGGCUGAGGAGCUUCAGAGCCACAGGCGUGUGGGCUCUGAACAGAGGCGAGAGCAUCUGCAGGCCUCGUCCAAAGCCCCGGGGUCCACAGGGAAGCCAGGGGGUUGGGGGCCGUCCCUGCUGGUGUGGCUGCUCUGCUCUCUGACUGUCCUGCCUGGGCUUCUCCAGCCUCCUUCAGCAGGGACACCAGCUCCACUGACUCUGAGCCACGGGGACACAGAGUCCUGCCCUGCUCCCUCAGGAGGAAGGCUGGCAGGAAGGAAAACACCAGGAUGCGGGCUGCACGGAAGGACGCCCCGUGUGCCCCGGAUUCUGUCUACAAGGGUCACAGCCAGGAGAACUGGCCAGGCAGCCUGUACCACCCAGCCCCUGCUGCAGCCGUGAUGCCCCCAGGGGAGGAGCCAGAGCACCACUACAGGGCCCUCAGGCUCCAGCAGGACCCCAGCACCUCAGAGUACUCACAGCUCCGGAUCUGCAGUGCUGGCCUGCAGUGGCGCCCAGUCUUCUCUGGGAGGGAGACCCAGGGACAAUGCUUGCACCCGCGGAUGUCCAGGUCACCAGGGUUCCGGCUGGCACUCCAGAAAGGGGACUCUCCCUGACCUGGAAACUCAGCUCCCAUUUCAGUGCAGACUUUGAGCAGUGCCCAGAUGGGGAGGACCAGGUGGCCAGGACUCAGGCUGGCCUCAGCCAAGAACUUCAGUCCCAUGCCGCACAGGAAAUGAACCCUGCCCACUGCCACAGGAGCUUGGAAGCAGGUCCUUCCCUGGUGGGGCCUCAAGGAGACUGCAGCCCUGGCUGUGCCUUCAUCACAGCUUCGGGAAAGGCUGACACCUAGGACCAGAAAUCAGUAACCAGUACAGAAGUCUUCGCUGGUCUACACAAUUCGGCAGGAACUAUGUCACUGAAGAGGUGAGAGUAGAGCAGGACCCUGCAGGAAGAGAGAGGGAGGAAGCCAUGCAGCUGUAGCUGAGGAAGGAGAUGGAGGCGAGAGAAGGAGAUGUGGAAGACCCUGGCGCAGUGGCAUGCUUGCUUGGCAAGAGACAGUGACCGGGAAACAGAGGCCAUUGGGUUCUAGUGACACUGACCUCCCUGCUGUCUCUCCUUUAAGGAUCAGUCAGGGCCCGGGUGUGGCUCAGAGGGGGUGUGUGCUUGCUCAGGCCCCAGAAUCCAUCCCCGAGUCACUCCUGCACACAGUGAGGUCACAUUGUCCCCGGGGCAUUGUUCCCCACCUCGGUGCUGUCCUGGGCUGGGAAGGAGAGAGCAGCCAUUGCUGAAGACACUGCCUUCAUAUCGACUAGCACUGAAGACAACAAAAGGACGACAACGAAACAGAAACAACAGGCAUUAUCAAGGAUGAGGAGAAAGCGCAUUCUAGUCACUUGCUGUGGGAGUGGAAAAUGGCACAGCCUCUGUGGGAAGCAGUUCAGCAGGUCCUCCAAACCUUAAACACAAUGACCACAGGACUCCGCAAUUCCAAAUUCUGUACCCCAAAGAAUAAAAACAAGCGUUCUAGCGAAAACGUGAA